CCCCCAUUUCCAAGAUGGCCGCAUUGUUGCGAAAAUUUUCUGGUAAGAAAUUUAUAAAUUUAUUUUUAUUUCGACAUAUUUUUAUUGCUUUUUAAUAAUUGCUUUUAAGCGCAUUUCAAACGUGUUAAUGUUUGCAAUGCAGUAGGAAUACAGUAGGCAGUUACAGAUUUGUUUUGCAGAAUCAGACCUCUGGAUGGUCAAUAUGGACUGUAUAUAAAUAUAUAAUUUGGUGACGGUUGUUUUUCUGGCAGACAAAAAAAUAUGAUGCAUAUUGUGGUUUUACAAUUGAGCACAUAAUCUUUUACAUAAUCGUUCUCAGCAAUGCGUUCCCCGGCCAUUCAAAAAUUUCAACUGAAUUUCUGUCUGCAUUUUCAAAAAAAUACCCGAAAAUUUGUGUAUAUUUCCUCUGAGUAUUGUGAAGAAGCUUCAUACACGAGAACUCAAUUUAAUUACCUGCCUGGCUAUGCAGAUAUUCCCAAAUGUUCUGCCUUCAUUUCUACACUUCAUGGCUUUCUGUAGACCUGUUGCAAAAUUUUGUGAGUUUAUCUUGUUUAUCUAGAUUAGGUACCAAUCAGUUAAAAACGGUACCAUUCAUCACAUGACAUUGUUUGUUAUAAACUGUCAUGUUGUUACUAUUUAUGAUGUUGCAGGGCUUUCUGGAGCCAGAGAUGGCUUACAGUGCUACAGAUUGACACCAGCUAUUACAACAGUUCGAUUUGCUUAUAGUGAGUAUGAAAAUUCAAAAUUGCAUAAGUGUCUAACAGUUUACUCUUUGAAUGGUAGGAUAUUGUCCAGUACAUGUAAUCUCCAUUUUUCUAAAAUUCCUAUAAGAAAGCCUACAGGAAUUCCUGGUAUUGAAAUUCCUUGAGGAAAUGCAAUUUACUAGGUAAUUUACUAGGAAAUUUACUAGGAAAUUUACUAGGAAAUACAAUUUCCUAAAGGAAUUCCUAAAGAUAUGAAUUUUUAUAGGGGCCAUUCACAAAGGAUGUCCGAGCCGAGGGGGGGAGGGGGGUUUGGAAAAUCAGGACAAACUCGGACAUAGGGGGGAGGGGGGGUUUUAGCAAUCCGGAUGUCCGGAUUUUAAAAAAUUCAAAAACAAAUUUCUUUUUCCCUCUAUUUUGAGCAGUCCUUCCCAUUGUGAAAUUGGCAUUUUGACUAUGUGGUUAACACUAGAUUUUGUUUUAAUUAGUAAUUUAUAUGUUUUUGUGUUCACAUUUACAGUUAUAAAAAAGUUCUAAAAGUAAAAAAGUUUUUUACUCUUGAUAUAUACAAGGUUGCGUGAGUUUUUGCGAGGCAUGGCGGAUGUCCAGGGGGAGGGGGGGGUCACUAAUUCGGACAAUGCUGGACAAGGGGGGGGAGGGGGGGUCUGAAAAUCCAUCAUUUGGCCGGACAUCCUUUGUGAAUGGCCCCAUAGGAAAUUCUACUAGAAAUUCCUUAAAAGGACUCUCAAUUCCUAUAGGGAUUCUUAUAGGAAUAUUUCAUAAGCAAGGGUAAAAAUAACAUAGGAUACCUGGCUUAAAGUGCAUUGUAGCUUUUAAAUAAUGGAUUUAGAAAAGACCUUGUACAUUAUGGUUAACCCAAAACCUAACACUUUCCCAUGACAUGUAAAAUUGUGCAGAGUCCAAGGUUACACAAAUAGUAAAAUCUAGGGGGGAGGCUUGAAAGGUUCACAGCAGAAGACUUGAAUCUUCCUCUGAGUGUAGCAGCCUUUGCAAUAGACAACUUGCAUGUUAGACUAUUUUUUUAUCUAGGAAAAAAAAAGUAAAUUCCUGUAACGAACUUAUUAAAAUUAGUAAAAUUGCAAAAUUUGGUUACGAAAUGUUGUAAAUUACGGAAAAUAUAGCCUUGCGAAGUUUGCAUAUUUUGUAUAUGUUUGUAUUUAUACGUGCGGAAAUUGUUAACAGUUUCCGCACGUAAUACAAACAUAUACAAAAUUUGCAAACUUUGCAAGGCUAUAUUUUCCAAACUUUACAACAUUUUGCAUCCAAAUUUUGCAAUUUUACUAACUUCAUUAUGUUCUUUUUAGCUGUGGUGUUUGAUUCCCUUCUCUUUACUUAGAUGAAAAUUUAGUCUAACAUGCAAGUUGUCCAUUCAGCAACAGUUUGACAGUAUUUUGUCCCCAAAAUGACAAUUUGAAGACGCAUCACGUAUGUUUAAAUAGCUAAUGGGUUAUUUGGAACCUGAAAUAUUGUAUUGAAUGAAAGGAAGUUCGCUUGUUGUUAAUGUUUUUGUUGUUAAUUAGUGUAGAUUACUUCACCACUGAGCAUUAGCGAAAAAAUGCCGUCGAAAAUUUCAUUUUCAGCAGCAUUUGCCAUUUGCCGCCAGCAAUUACGAGAACUGGUGCAGUGGUGUAAGAAUAAUAAAUAUUUUUGUGUAAUCUAUUAAAGAACACGUGACUCGUGAGGCAGGUGAUAUUGACAUGAGCAAUGAGGCAACUUUUGACCGUAAUGCCAGCACUUUGUUUUUCACUGAAUUGUUCCGAGGUAUGCAUUUGAUAUUCUGGGCCCGGUUAUAUAAAAAAGUGAUUAAAGUUAAUUAUAAUUAAGUGGAAACGUCAUCCAAUAAGAAGCUCCUAUUUGAGAGUUAAUCACUAUUUAACUACAAAAUAGUGAUUAAAAAAGUGAUUAAGAGUUUUAUACAACCGGCCCCAGUAGUAUAAUAUAUUUAUAUAACUUUUAUUUGCAAUUUUCGUUCGCUUGUAUAUAUCUUCAUGAGGUGUAAACAUGUGGUUUUCUAAACUUGUACAAUACAUAGUAGUAACUGCAUAUGACAAUCAAACCUCUCCUCACAGAGAGGCUGAUACAUCAACAGACACUAAAUUCGCAUAGAGUGGAUCGAUAUCGCAAAUACCGAAUACCGAUAUACCGCCAUCAGAAUACCGGUAAAUACUGGUAUUCCGGUAUUUUUAACGUGUUUUUUUAAGCUAAACUGAACUGCUGAACGUCGAGAAAAAUCAAGUUUUGACAAAAUAUUAAUGUGGCACAUACUGUUAUUACCUUCUUAUACUGUAGUUACCUUCUUAUACUGCCCGAUAAAUAUUUCCAAAAUGUGAGUAUUUUCCAUCUGUGAGUAUUAACUUUGCUUUCUAAACGUGAUUGUAAGCAAGUUUGACUUGAAAUAGCGUUUCAAUUCGGUAUUAGGCAGCAAAAUACUGAAAUGUCGGUAUAUCGGUAUUUUUAAAUUGUCAAUAUCGCCGUACCGGUAUCUAAACAAAUACCGGUAUACCGGAUAUAUCCGGUAUAUCGAUCCACUCUAAAUUCGCAUGUCGUCCGACAGGCGACAUUGAAUCCCGGCAAUGCCGUAUUUACACACGUAAAAACGCGCAAGUUGCCACAGAUCUGCGAACAAGUUGUUACAAUGUUGAUGUCGAGCUGAUAUCAUUCAUAUCAGGAUAUGUUCGCACUUCUUGUUCUCAGUUGUUGUGACAAGUCUGGAACAAGUUGUCUGCUACAAGUUGUUCCAACAAGUUGUUCCAACAAGACUAAAGGUCCACAAGACACACCGGACGCGAAUCGACAACGCGACGAGAUUUUUUAGUUUUUGAAAGUUAAUAAAACAGCCAAUGAGAGCAAAUUUUGAAAGGUAUGUAGACCAAAUAACUCAAAAUGUUAUAGCGCUUCUAAAUAUUUGGAAAAAUUUUAAAAUUAAGAUCAAAGUUAUCGUUCAAUGAAAAUCGAAAAAUCGCGUCGCGUUGUCGAAUCGCGUCCGGUGUGUCUGGACCUUAAUACAAGCUGUUCGCCACAAUUUGUCACGAGCUUCUUGUCAUCAACUUGUUAACAUUAGCUUGUAACGUGCAGACGAUAUCAGACUUGUUGGAACAAUCGAAUGGACCAUUUGCAUUAUAGACUAAAUUUUGAUCUAGACAAAAAUUUCAUCACAGCUUGAAAGAGCAUCACCAAAUUAGUAAUAUUUCAAAGUUUCGUUGCGAAAUGUUGUAAAAUGCGGAUAAUAUAGCCUUGCAAAGUUUGCCGUUUUUCAGUCAUUUUGUAUUACGCACGGGAAAUUGACAGCCCAUGAGCCCAAUCGGGUGUUGGGGCAUCAAUUUCCCGUUUGUAAUACAAAAUGACUGAAAAUUGCAAAUUUCGCAAGGCUAUAUUAUCCGCAUUUUACAACAUUUCGCAACGAAACUUUGGAAUAUCACUAAUUUUGUGAUGCUCUUUCAAGCUGUGAUGAAAUUUUUGUCUAGAUCAAAAUUUAGUCUAUAAUGCAAAUGGUCCAUUGAAUCCAUACACGAACUCGGAGGUGAAAGGCGUUUCCUCUUGCGACUAUGACACUGAGGUACAGUAAAAUUCCAUUUAAUUUUUGCCACAGGUCUUGCAAUGACAUUAAGUAUGAUGUUUCGAGAACCAGCAACGAUCAACUAUCCAUUCGAGAAGGGUCCGCUCAGCCCUCGGUUUCGUGGUGAGCAUGCCCUACGUCGAUAUCCCUCGGGAGAGGAAAGAUGUAUCGCGUGUAAACUCUGUGAGGCUGUUUGCCCUGCGCAGGUAUGUUUACGUUAGGCCAAAAAAAAAAAUAUGUGGGUUUCCGGUUUCUUCUUAUAAAAACUUAGGUAGGGUAGGUCGGUUUUAACUUCUUUUUUUUAAACUUUUUUUUUAAUUUUCCGAAUAAGCGGAUGCCAUUUUGUUUAGUCAGUGCUUCCACAUCCAAAGAUAAAUUUCCCUAAUAUUGCCUCAAAUUUCAAUUUUCCACAAACUUUUCCUCUAAGUGGAAACACUUACAAGCAUGAUCCAAUAAAAAAGUUUAGGGUCGGGAUCUCGACGUCCAAAAGCUAGGUAGGGUCGGGAAACCGGAAACCCACAUUUUUUUUUUCCUUAGAAUUCAUAGUUGCAAACACGUACAGGCUACGAAUACGAUGUGUUAUUUUUGCCUUGUUGCGACUUCUGGACGACGCGCAUCUUCUACAUACAGACGACAAUGGCUUACGAAAUGAUGUGUGCGUAUAUUUUCAGGCAAUAACAAUCGAAGCAGAGCCCCGGGCUGAUGGCAGUCGACGAACAACCAGAUAUGAUAUUGAUAUGACAAAAUGUAUUUAUUGUGGAUUUUGUCAAGAAGCUUGCCCUGUUGAUGCUAUUGUAGAGGUGUGUAUUAGACGUUUGGUUAUAGCUUUAUUCACACUAGGCUAGAAAAUACUUUGUUUGUUCCAUGAUUUCACGUUUCUGACCGACCUGUUGAAACAUCUUAUAGACUGCAGGAUUCUGCCCAGGACAAUGAGAGUGCUGGGUAUUAUUAUACAUGAAAUAUUUGUAAACAUGAAAAUUAUCGUCGCCAUUUUGAAAUUUCUAAUUAUUACAAUGGUAGAUGCCAUAAAAUUUAUCACAGGUGCGAUAAUUUACUCGGAAACGUAAAUUUUAUUUAGAAAUUUCAAAAUGGCGACGAUAAUUUUCCUGUUUACAAAUAUAUCUGGCGUGUUUUUGUGCUGGGCGGAAGAGUCCGUUUUGGUUUGGUGCUGGGCGGUACUAUUAAGUGCUGGGCCCUGCCGCCCACCGUGGGCAGAACCCUGGACUGGAAUGCCAUAUAAUUUACUUAUUGUUUACAAAAGCGUUUUUGUGAUGUACCAAGAUUGGUAUUUAUAACUCUGUGCGGCACCAUAUGUUCUCUGAAAUCUACGUAUAUGUAGGAUAUUUUUAUUUUUGGAUUUUUCUGCCAAGAAGAGAAUAUAUAUAACUGACAGUAAGUACAGCUUUUUAUUCUGGCUUUUUUUUACAUAUUUAGGGACCAAACUUUGAAUUUUCCACGGAAACCCACGAAGAAUUAUUGUACAACAAGGAAAAACUGUUGGACAACGGCGACAAGUGGGAAUCGGAAAUAGCUGGCAAUAUUCAAGCUGAUUAUUUGUAUAGAUAAAUACUGUGUAUAUUCAUGAUUUAUGAAUUAUGUUGAUAUUAUAUGUCAUGUAUUGUAGGUUGUAUUUUUCAAUAGUUCUUACAUUUCAAUAUUUCUUGUUGUUAAAAAAGCAAAAUAAG